AUGGAUUGGCCUCAAUUCACGAGGAAAAAAGUCUGGCAAGGUAGGUACACCAAUUCUCGACUUUCCCCAGUUCUUCUCCAUCAGCUCCAUCUUUGUCCACCGGCGCCCACAACCCGUGUCCGGAGCAUCGAAUCACUGUACAGUACCGCACAGUACAGUAAUAAUGCCGAUGGGCGCUCAGGCAGCCGGAACUGCAGGUCAUUGAGCGGGUAUCCAUAUGGGAUCUCGGCCAAAAUGCCCCGACUUUGCAUUCAUGAAACAGCCCUGCCCAAGAGUCAUAGCUGUGCAUACAUGCAAGCAUACCUACCUAGGUAG